AUGGUCAUGUACCCUUUUCCUGCGCUUCACCACGCUACCUCCACCCAGCCAGCAAUCGACAAUCAUGCUCAUCCCAUCCUGAGCGCAUCUUUCCGCUCCAACCUCCCCUUCGAGGGCGUCUUCUCCGAGGCAGACGGCGAAGCGCUCACACGAGAUGCCAUUCACACACUAGCUGGUAGACGAGCGACGAAGCAGCUCGCAAAGCUCUAUGGCUUGAACGACGGAACGUCUUGGGAGGAGGUGAAGCGACAUAGGGACGGCAUCAAUUGGGAAGACCUGUGUCUGUUGUGCUUCGAGAAGGCCGGAAUUGAGACGGUGCUCGUGGAUGAUGGACUCGGUGGAAGCGGCGAGUGGGCGGAGAGAUACAAGAGUCUUGGGAGGUUUAUGCGGGGAGAUGCGAAGAGGAUAGUGCGGGUGGAGGUGGAGGCAGAGGGGUUGUUGAAGGACAUCCUGGGGCCAUACAUCAGUCCUGGAGCUCACGGGUCUCUCAAAUCAGGCCAUGUCGUGCGCUUGUUCGAGACGAAGUUGACUAGCAUUCUCAGUCAGAACGCCAGCGACCAGGACGUCGUGGGGUUCAAGUCAAUCGUGUGCUACCGCACGGGGGUGGACGUGUCCCUCUCUAGCAGCAUGCAGGAGAAGGAGGACGCGUUGUCGGAAGUGCUUGACGUGUACCGCCGCACAGGGAUGAUACGACUCGCGCACAAGCCCUUGAACGACACGGUUGUGCGGAUCGCCUUGGGUGUUGCUGGGGACUACGAGAUUCCAGUGCAAUUCCACACAGGGUUGGGCGACAGCGACAUUCGGCUCACGAAGAGUUCCCCAGCACACCUCCAGGGAAUCAUAGAAGCGUUCCCCAAGACGACGUUCGUGAUACUCCACGCUGCUUAUCCGUACACACGGGACGCGGGAUAUCUCACCGCGAUGUACUCCAAUGUGUAUUUGGACUUUGGCGAGGUCUUCCCCUUUGUGUCCGCCGAAGGCCAGCGUAAUGUCCUCCGUCAGGUACUCGAGCUUAGCCCAACGAACAAGAUCAUGUGGUCCAGUGACGGUCAUUGGUGGCCCGAGUCCUACUACCUCGGAGCACAGCAGGCGCGUGAGGCGUUAUACGAGGUUUUGGCGGAGAGCGUACGGCGAGGCGAGCUUACAGAAGAAGAGGCUGUCGAGGUGGUCCAGAAUGCAUUGUACAGGACGGCGGAGAGGGUGUAUCGUCUGCAGGAACGGGAAGAGAUGAGGCUCUAA